AUGGGAUGGUUCGGUCGAGUUUGCAGCUCCUGUUUUGCUACAAAGCCGCUGCCAAUUUGCUGUGCCCCACACGUAAAGGAAUCUACAUCUACUCGCUUUUUAUACUGCUGCAUUCUCACUGUUGUGUCUGUUCUCUCCGUCAUCUUUCAUACCGGUGGCCUUGCUCACAGCACAGCGACGCAAGUGCUGGGCGAUAUGAUGCUCGAGUUCUGCAGCCAUUUUCAGACCCGCGAGCAUUGUGUUCGCUUCGUCGGUUACCUCGCCGUUUAUCGAUUUUGCAUUCCUCUAUCAAUCUUUCACUUUAUUCUUAUGCUUUGUACAAUUCAAAAUAGUAGUAGUCAAUCAUGGCGCGGCAAGAUUCAUAACGGGUUCUGGUUCUGGAAAUGUGCCUUCAUCAUCGGGCUGUGGGUGAUGUCUAUCUUUUUUCCCUCCCUUGAUAAAGCUACCACCGCCUGGAUGUUGAUGGCUGUGUUAGGUGGCAUUGCCUUCAUAUAUCUGCAGAAUGUCUUUUUCAUUGACUAUGCUUAUGAAUUCAAUGGGAUUUGGUUUAGAAGAAGUAAGCAAAAACCUCUCUUUCGGAUAUUGAUCUUCACCCUCACUGCCACUCUCUACUUGGGCACCUUCGUCGCUUACUUCGUACUCUGGGCGUUGUGGGGCUACUUGAACAGUUGUGUUCUCAAUGCAAUGAUUGUCUACGUCAAUGUCUGCCUCACCGCACUCCUGCUUCUCCUCUCCUUCGCCCAACCAAGAAUUCGGAGUCAGAGCCUCUACCUGCCCGGUGCUGUGACAGCAGCAUUCGCUGCCUAUCUUACCUGGUCCGCCGUCAUGAGUCAACCGAAAAGUGUCGUUCGAGGUGUACCAGUGGAGAAGCAGGCCAUCCAAUUCUUCAAUCUACGUCUCCACAGCAAUCUCAGUGCGUCGCAUAAACUGGCGAUGAAUCGGACGGGUUUGCUGAUGGACAACGUCUGUCUGCCCGCCAUUCUGCAUGGGCCCUCAGCGCUGGAUCACAUCUCCGACCUCUUUGCGGCGUUGGGUAUCAUUUUGGUCGUUGCUGGUUACUACACACUGGGUCCCCUCGAGAGCCACCGCAUUCAUGGACGGCAUUGGAUUGGUUGGAACAAACAGCUAAUUCGUCAUUUGGUGCAUGGAAACACGCACCGUCAACUGGAGGGCCGUCCAGAGACGAAGGGCUUUGGAGCGUUGGCGACAUUCGCUAGGUUGAACAUGUUCCGCUAUGGGAAAUUCAUCCGUGUCCCUGUCCCCAGGCGGGGUGUCAAUCAUGUGGAUGAAUGCCACCCACAAGUUGUUGGUCGUCGUUCUCGUCGAAGUCCACCCAUUAAGGACAUUCAGUGUGUUGCAUGA